GGAGGAGCUGCAAGCCCGCGGAAGCGGAGCGAGCAGCGGGAUGUGACAUGGCGUGCCGGGGGGGUGCGGGGCUGCUGUUGCUGCUGGGCCUCCUGCAGUUGCUGGGCUGCGCAGCUGCGUGUCCCUGCCAGGACCCGCGGCUCUGCCAGCCCAUCGCGGGCACCGGCGGCUUCGAGGUCUUUGUGUUCGAUGUGGGGAAAGAAGCCUGGAAAUCCUAUGACUGGUCAAAAAUUACAACCGUGGCGGCUUUUGGGAAAUACGAUCCAGAGCUCCUGUGCUUUGCUCAUUCCAAAGGUGCCAGGGUAGUACUGAAAGGUGAUGUACCUCUUAAGGAAAUCGUUGACCCGGCUAAAAGAGCAGUGUGGAUAUCCCAGCAGGUGGACCUUGCCAAAAAACAAUAUAUGGAUGGAAUUAAUAUAGAUAUAGAGCAAGAAGUUAAUGAAACCUCUCCUGAGUAUUAUGCAUUAACAGAGCUUGUUAAAGAAACUACAGAUGCUUUUCACAAAGAAAUUCCAGGAUCACAGGUAACAUUUGACGUGGCCUGGUCUCCUGCGUGCAUCGAUAAGAGGUGCUACAACUACACUGGGAUUGCAGCUGCCUGUGAUUUCUUAUUUGUGAUGUCUUAUGAUGAGCAGAGCCAGAUCUGGACCGACUGUAUUGCAAAAGCCAAUGCUCCUUACCUUCAGACUUUAGUUGGGUAUGAAGAGUACAUUAAUAUGGGCAUUGAUCCUAAGAAGCUUGUGAUGGGUGUCCCCUGGUAUGGCUAUGAUUAUGUGUGCCUAAACCUAUCCGAGGAUCAUGUUUGUUCCCUUUCCAAAGUACCAUUCCGUGGUGCCCCUUGCAGUGAUGCUGCAGGGCAUCAGGUGCCGUAUGGAGCGAUAAUGAAGCAGGUGAACAGUUCUAUUUCAGGAGCACUAUGGGAUGAGGUACAAAACUCUCCAUUUUAUGAAUACAAGGAUUCUCUUGGUCACUUCCACCAAGUAUGGUAUGAUGACCCUCACAGCAUCUCUCUAAAAGCAGCAUAUGUGAAGAAUCGAGGCCUAAGGGGCAUUGGCAUGUGGAAUGGAAACAGUCUUGACUAUUCCAGGGAAGCUGUAGCAGAAAAACAAACUGAAGCAAUGUGGCAAGCCCUGACACCAUAAAUUUCCCAGACUGGAGAAUUAAAGCUGAAUGAAUCUUCUUCUGUGUCAGUUCUGCUCUCAGAGCUCGUAAAUCUGCUAUUGCCUGCUUUCUCAUCUGCAGAAGAACCAGACAUUUAAGGAAUUGUAAUUUAAAGUAGUUUUUGGAAUUGAUGUGUUUGUAUAGCUAAGACUGAGUGACUUUCAUGCGGGACGGCUGAAUACAGGAUACAUCUUUUAUCUUUAAAAAAUCUUACACCUCUAAUUAGAUAGACUGCUUUGUUUUAGCACUUGGCUGUGGUGUCUUUCUUUAACCAUGGAAUUCAUUGCUUUUUCUACUCCUUGUAAUACAAUGAAGGAAGCAUAUCCACCCUAGAUUACUCAGUGCCACAGGCAAUCUCUGUGAUGCAGAGCACUGAGAUUUCAAGCGUUCAACGCUGGACUGCUAUCCACUAUGAAGGGCUCUACCAUCAUCUUCCUUUCUAAGGGAGCCAUAGGCAGCACUGAUAUGGAAUAAAGCAGUUGACAACAACUUGCAUUUUCCUGGAAAAUCAUUCUGCCUUUUUUUUUCUGUAUACCUCACCUAGUAUGUUUCUUCAAUUACUUCUUCUGAAAGAGAUUGCAACAUAGUACCUUGAAAGUGUAAGUAAGAGCUUUAAUGCCAAACUUCAUGCUCUGAAGUAAUUUGGCUCAAGUGCUAAGUUAUGAUAACUAAUACCAUAAGAAUAAGAAUACAAUAAGAACUUGAAAAUACAAACUGUUUAACAAAUAUUUAGAUCUUCUAAUGUUUGAGAAGAUUUUAAUAGGUAGUAACAUUUUGACUGCUUUAAUUAAAAGGUAAAACAAAGGCAGAGUACCUUAAUU